UUGUUAUGGUUGUAUGUGCUGCGUAAUUCAGCCUUGUAACUGGGUCUUGCUCAGCAGGAUAUUAGGAGGCGGUAUUCGGGUUUCUGUACUCCUUAGGUCCCCCCUAAAAUAGGUGGUCCAGUUUGGGCGUGGUUGAAGUGGGAGCUUUCAGUCAUCGACAGUUAUGAUUGGCUUGAGAUCAGUUCGGUUUCCCUAUUUUUCCCGCACGACCUGAAACCAGAAUUCAAGAUUCGCAUCUGGACUGAAAUUUUACAUUUAGGGCAGGAGUCUGUUUCCGGUCAGUUGUAAACCCCUUUCCCGCCUAAGCGCCAGCCAGCUAUCGCGCACUAUGGCGGAGGUGAAAGUUUCCGAGGUUAAAGACCUAACUCGCGUCGAGCGAAUCGGCGCGCACUCGCACAUCCGCGGUCUGGGGUUAGACGACACACUAGAAGCACGCGGCGUGUCGCAGGGCAUGGUCGGGCAGGAAAAGGCUCGUCGGGCAGCCGGAAUUAUUCUCGCGAUGAUCAAGGAAGGGAAAAUCGCUGGUCAGGGAAUUUUGUUAGCCGGGCAGCCCGGAUCUGGGAAAACGGCGAUUGCGAUGGGGAUGGCGAAAGCGCUGGGCGAAGAGACGCCUUUCGCGAUGAUGGCGGGUAGCGAAAUAUUUUCCCUGGAGAUGUCGAAGACCGAAGCACUGACCCAGGCGUUCCGGAAGGCGAUUGGAGUCCGGAUUAAAGAAGAAACCGAAAUCAUCGAAGGGGAGGUGGUGGAGAUUCAAAUCGACCGUCCCGCCACUGCCGGCGCCGCCGCCAAAACCGGCAAGCUGACCCUGAAAACGACCGACAUGGAGACCGUGUACGAGCUCGGGGUGAAAAUGAUUGACUCUCUCGUCCGUGAGAAGGUCCAAAGCGGCGACGUGAUCGCCAUAGACAAAGCCACGGGGCGGGUCACCAAGCUCGGGCGUAGCUUCACCCGAUCAAGAGAGUACGACGCCACGGGUCCGGCUACGCGGUUUGUGCAGUGCCCCGAUGGGGAGCUGCAGAGGAGGAAGGAGGUGGUGCACGUGGUGUCACUGCAUGAGGUGGAUGUUAUUAAUAGCCGCACGCAGGGGUUUUUGGCGCUGUUCACUGGGGAUACGGGAGAGAUAAGGGCGGAGGUGCGGGAGCAGAUCGACGGGAAGGUGCAGGAGUGGAGAGAGGAGGGCAAAGCGGAGAUCGUUCCCGGCGUGCUUUUCAUUGAUGAGGUACACAUGCUCGACAUAGAAUGCUUUUCAUUCCUAAACCGCGCCCUAGAGAACGAGAUGGCGCCCAUUCUGGUGGUGGCCACCAACCGAGGCAUCACCACGAUCCGAGGAACCAACUACAAGGCGCCACAUGGCAUUCCGCUCGACUUCCUCGACCGGCUUCUUAUUAUAAGCACCGAGCCAUACAAGGAAGAGGAGAUUAAGGAGAUCAUCAAGAUCCGCUGUUUGGAGGAAGCUGUGGAUGCAUCUCCGGACGCCCUGGACCUCCUAUCCAAGAUCGGCGUAGAAACAUCCCUCCGCUACUCCAUCCAUCUUAUUACAUCGGCCCACCUGGCGGCCACAAGGAGGCGGAAAACGGCAGGGGGAGGAGGGGGGGUGGUGGUGGAGGUUGAGGAUGUGAGUCGGGUGUAUACCCUUUUUGCGGAUGUGAAAAGAUCGACGCAGUUUCUUGUAGAGUAUGGAGAGCAGUUUUUGUUUAACGAGCAAGAUGCUGUCAUGUCAGGGUGAUGAUGAUGUUGAUAGUGUAUUGGUACAAUUUUACUCCAGGGUACAAGCUAAUUGCUAACAUGCAGUGCAAUCCCUCGAGAG